AACAUGGCAUGAAUGCACACUUAAGAAGUAAUGUACUUCUUCAUAAUAUGUGUCAUUUGAUCCUUAAAUAUUGUAUGGUUAUCUUAACUCUUUCAAAAUUAAAAAUAAUAUGUUUAAAAACUACUUGUGAAACUUAAAUGUUAGAUGGGGUCAAGCUAACAAUGAGAAGGCGACCUGAGUGUUAUGUUUGUGAUGAAAGGACAAGGCUACCGUCUCUCCUGAAAUCCGACGCCAUUGCUGUAUAGGGGCAACUAAGAAAGGACUCCAUACGAUACGUUAUGUUGGAAUGUUGACAGAUCAAGAUGAUAGAGUGUACGAAAUGGAGACAGCAUGAGGCACUCAUACGAAAUGAAACAGUUCUGUAUUUUUCUUGAAGGUGACCCCUAAAUUCAUUUUAAAAACCUACGUAACAUCAGGUGAAGAUCUGAAAUGCGUGGUCCCUACCUGUGGCGGUUUGCGGUUUUCAGGAAACUGAUACACGGAUUGGGUUUAGCUUGGACAGAUUUUCAGCUGGUAUCAACAUAUGGAAAAGUUAUUGGAAUUUACCACGGACACAACCCUGUGACAUUAAUAGCCGAUCAAGAGAUGAUCAGAGAAAUCUGCAUCAACAGAUCAGAUGUUUUUAUCAAUAGAGCGUCGUCCUUUGACAUGUGUGGAACUCUAGGGUGUGCUGUGGCUAUGGCAGAUAACAUGCACUGGAAAUUUCUCAAAAACAAACUGGUUUCCGUGUUUUCAAAGGAUAAGAUAGAACAGAUAUGUCCCUUGCUGAAGGAGUGUCUGGACACAAUGGUCGACAAUAUAAAGAUUUCAUCACAAUGUGGACAUAGUUUCGACUUUACGAAACACUGCAGUCACUUGUCAAUGGAUAUUCUAAUGAAGGGUAUUCUUGGUCAGAAAGUCAACUCAGCAAAAGACCCGGAAAACAUAUUCAUUAAACAGUCUCUCUGUGCAUGGAAGACAGGAAACGAAGGUUCUAUUAAACUUGGCGGAAUUUGUGCAUUGUGUCCACCGAUGAGAAAGGUUUUAAAUUUUUUCAACGUGUCACCCUGUUCUAAAGAUAUCAUCGAUUUUUUCACCAGAAUUACCAGAAACAGAAUCAACCAAUCAGAUUUACCGAUUCAGGCUGAUCUACUAAAGUUUAUGACAGAAAGAAAUGACAACGACAACAACAAUACCGCUGAGAACAAGGAAAGAGGCCUUACAGAAGAGGAAAUCACAGCGAACAUCAUUUUCUUUAUAAUGGCUGGGUACGAAACUACCGCGAAUGCUUUAGCUUUCGUUGUUUACAACCUCGCCACCAACACUGACUGCCAGGAACGUCUUAUACACGAGAUACAAAACAACAUUAAAACGGGGAAUAUUUGUUACGAGAACAUAAUGGAUUUACCAUAUUUAGAUAAAGUCAUAUGUGAGACACUUCGACUGUUUCCCCCGAUGUUGAGAUUCAACAGACGAGCGUCGUCCGAUGUGACAGUGUGUGGUCGACAUAUUCCACAUAAUAUGGACGUUUCAGUUCCCAUUUUUGCUGUCCACAGAGAUCCGGAAGUUUGGAUAGAGCCACACAAAUUCGAUCCGGAAAGAUUUUCCCCUGAACAAGUAGCCAGCAGACCUACACACUCCUAUAUUCCAUUUGGCGCCGGGCCAAGACAAUGCUUUGCUUCUAAGUUGGCUAUUUUUGAAAUCAAACUGGCCAUAGUUCACCUUCUGAAAAACUUCAGAUUUCAAUCGGCACCAGAGACAGAGGCUCCUCCGAAACUGUCAAAAGGCGGAUUCGCACGUGCAGAAAAUGGAAUCUGGCUUAGAGUGCAACCAGUAUGAGUGGUUACCUGCCCUUUACAUGUCUGAAAAAUGAAUUUAUAUUUUCUAAACAUAUUUUGAGCAUUUGUUGAUCUUGUAUGACUGUGAUUUAGGAAUAGGUUUCUUGUUGCAUAAUAUGUAUUGUCGACGUCAUAAUUAUGAAGUCAUAUGUUGUAAAUGUUUUGUUUCGUUUAAUAAUCUCAAUUUUGUAUUUGAUUGUUAUCUUGUUAGCAGCAUUGUGUCGUAUAGACGAAAAUAUGUUUGGUUUUUUUUCUGAUUAUUUUUUACGAGGGCUGAUUGAUAAGUUGUGAGCAGGUACUCAAGAAUUUUCUUUUCAAGUCCUUCUAUUCUCUGACCCAAGGACUGGUCUCAUUUGGUUUGUUUAUAUCGACGAGGUAGCACUCUAAAGUAAACAAGAAAGGCGGCUUUUGCAAAAUGGACAAAAUCGGUUAGGGUUAGGGAUAGAGUGAAAGAGUCUGUAAUUGCCAUGCCUACCAUUCACGAUUGUGGCUUUAAAAUGAUUGAGCAUUCACUUUAUUCACCUGAUAUCGCUCCAUGAAACUUUCAUCUGUUUCCAAAACUGAAAACAGCUAUUUCAGGCAACUUAACCCUAACCCUAACACUAGCCCUAACGUGCAGUGGAUGACUUUGUGAGCAGCCAAGAGAAGGGGUUCUAUAAAAGUGGCAUUGAGGCAAAAGUGUAUAGAUACUGAAGGGGAUUAGGUUGAAAAAUAAUGCAAUAUGUCCGGCAAAAUUCAAAUCCUUCAAUACGAGGCUCACAACUUAUCAAUAAGCCCUCGUAUGGUUUAAAUAAUGACCACAUUUAACACGUACAAUCAUAUUAAGAACACUGAAUUCUAGAUACGUCAUCAGUGAUACCUAUAAUGUAUUAGUUUCCCAGCAACUUAUCCAUGACAAACGAAUAAGUUAUCAAACAGAUAUGUUACGAUAAACAACUUAAUAUCUUCUCCUUAAAGAGUUUUACAAUUGGAACCAGAGAUCUAUACAAAUGUGAAUAUGAAACUACUGAAUGUACAAGAUACAUUUAGAAAAUUAGAUUCACGAAAAAAAAUAUUUUUCAUGGGUGAUUUUCCCGAAAAAUCAGUAAAAAUAAUGAUGUAGACUACAGCACAAAAUAUAAUAUAUACUAUGUGUGUUCACGAAAGCUUCACGAAAAAAAUCGUGGUGAGAGGAAUAGAUUGCGUCGAUACAAUUGCAUAUAUGUGACUAUAUUGGGUUGUGUUUGAUGUUUUGUAACAGAAGUAUUUUGCCGUUGUAGCUUUCUUAUUUGAUGAUGUGCAUUUCAUCAGUUGGUUUAAGUGCCAACUGUCUUUAUAAAUGCAAAAUACCCAGUAUUACAAUUUAUGGAGAUGUAGUGCUUAAAAGGUAAUAUCCUCACGAACAAAAAGAGCAUAAGUAAAAAAUCAAUUUAUAACACAAACGUAAGUACAAGUAUCAAACUGCCCUCUUUUGAAGUUAUUGUUCUAUUUUUCUCAAAGUUAAUCAUAACUCGCUAACGUGCGAAAUUCAAUUUUUCUGCAAUGCUACUAGGACAAUAACUUUCCAAAGAAUGCGCUUUAAUGCUUAGAUAUAAUGUAUCAGCAUACUUUGUACAUAUGUUUUCAGUGUUUGAAACCUUCUCUGUUGGUACCAAAGUUAUGAAGCAAAAAUAUAGCAUUUGUACAGAAUUCUUUGGAUCAUUAUCCUUCUGGCGUACCUACUUUGUCAUUGUAUAACGGUAUCUUUUUUGUAUAUAUCAAUACAGCAUCGAUUGUUGUCACCUACGUCACUUCCGCUUGUUGCCACAAACGUUUGAUAAUUUCGUCAAUGUCAUCAAUAUGUUGCUUGUGAUGUGCUGAACUGUGAUACAAAUAGCUUUAAAAAUGUAUGUAUCAAUAUCGUUACAAUAUAUUAGUUAAACAUGUGCUGAUUCGAUUAUCCUAAAUAUGUUCUAACUUCUGACUAAAUGAUAGGAAUAAGCUUUUUCAGUGAUAUAGGCGAAAGUUUUGUGAUGGCUAUAGAUAUCUAGGUGUUUUCAUAUAAUAUGAGCCACAAAUUAUCGAUUUUUCCCAGGACGAUGUAUACAACUCUUUAAUCAUUUUCAGUAUAUAAUUGAACGAUUUAAGUGACAUAAAGGGCAUUAUGCUGAGAGACAAAAUUUACCAGAUCAAAGAAAUAUCAGGAAAAGUUCGUCUUGUUUUCUAAGGAAAGUGUCACAAUAGCGAACUCUUAGCAUUCUCUUUGAUUGUUAGCAGAAACAAAGAUAAUUUAAAAAAAAAUCAAUAUUCUACGACGUUUCCAUAGUUAUAUUAUUAAUAUAUAUAAUAACACGUCAUGGUUACUUGUUUGGUGUUUAGUGUUUUUUGAAUCUAAAACAUCUCAAAUGUCAAAAAAUCUUGAAGAAUGCUAGUUAACGUUCGAAUGUCAUUAAGUUUGAGUAUAUUUCAGAUGGAAGUUUAACAUUAGUUUGCCCUGAAGCGUACCAGGCAUUGAACUACUACAAUAUGGAAUUACUGUUUGUACAGAUGUCUGCUUCAAUCAUAGAUUUGGAGUGAUGUCUCUUUAUAUGUGUUCAGAAGAUUUUUGUAAUAAAAAAAUCAGAUCCUGAU